AUGGGACGACCUAAAGAAAACCCAGUUCGGAACUCUUUUACGUACAACGUUGCAACAAAUAAAUCAACGUGUCGUAUUGGUGGUUGUGGGACAACCAUAGCAGGAAAUCAUGCAGCCAACUUGGAGCGGCACAUGCAGCGUCACCAUAAAGAUGAGUACGCUGAACUUCAAGCACAAAAGCCCAACAGCAACAAGCGCGGUGGAAGCGACGUGAAAGGGGCUCCGCCGGCAAAGCGGAUUGAUCACAUGCUGGGAUUGUCUGUCAACGUCCAAAUUCAAGAAAAUGAUGUGAUCCAAGGAUGUGUUGAAAUGGUCACAAAAAAUGGGCGGCCUUUUGCAGCGGUUGAGGACUCUGGUUUCAGAAAAAUUCUGGAUCCAAUUCUGAAAGCAUUUGGUGGAAAACUUAGAAUUAACGCGGAAAUGAUUAAAAACUGUGUCACUCAAGAAGCUAGUGAUGCUAGAAAGGUUCUUGCGCAUAAGCUACAGGAUCGGCUGAUAUCCCUAAAAAUAGACUGCGCAAACCGCCUUGAUCGGGCUGUCUUGGGAGUGAAUGUCCAGUACAUAGAGGACGGAAAAUUGGUGCUCCAGACACUUGCAAUGAGAGAGCUUUUCGAACGCCACACUGGGAAAUACCUGAAGUCGGAGGUCUUGGAUGUGCUGUCCAUGUACGGAGUUCGAGCCGAGCAGGUAUACAGCAUAACGACCGACAAUGGUGCCAACAUGAUCAAGGCUGUCGAGCUCCUGAGAGAGGAGGAGCUUGAAGAGACCGCUCUACUAGCAAAUGAUGACGAGGAAGAAGAUUCUGCACAAACAGGGGAUUACUUAAGCGAGCUUGAGCAAGCUGGGUCUGCGAAUAGCGAUGAGCCACUAGUACAAGGCGUGAGGUGUGCCGCACACACGUUACAGCUGGCUGUUCACGACGCUUUGAAAAAUGAAGAGGCCCAAGAAACAGUUGGAAAGUGCCGCGCGCUAACAAAACUGCUGCGGACGCAGACAAUGAUGUCCUUGAUCCGAAAACUGCAACUGAAGAAGCCGGUCAUUGACACCCCGACCCGAUGGAUGUCAACGUCGCGAAUGAUAAGACGGUUGUUGGAACUAAGGGAAUUCUGCGACGACUUGCUCACUCAGCCCAACUCGUUCACAUCGGAUCACUGGACUAACGCAGAAGGUAUUAUCCAUGCGCUGGCUCCAGCAGAAGAGGCAACCAAGCGUCUACAAAGCGAGCAGCUUGUAAUGGGAGAUUUCCUGGGAGUGUGGCUGAAAUGCCGCAUGGAAUCUGCUAAGAUGGCAACACCGCUGGCUACUGCGCUGGCAUCGUCCAUGGAUAAACGUCAAAAGACCUUGUUGGAAAACGACGUCUUCUGCUCUGCGGUAUUCCUUGAUCCCCGGUACCGAGUCCUGUUAACGGAUAUCGAGAAAGAAAGGGCAAAGCAGCGUCUCUGUAGCGUUUGGAGCACUAUGAAGCGGUUAGUUCAGGAUUCAUCUGGAGCACCAGCGGAAGCUCCUGAUACGCCACAGCCAGGUCCUUCCCAUUCCGACAGCGGCAACGUAGACGAGCUUGAGGUUUUCCUGAACGAGCAGGAACAGUCAGCUGCCGUGGGUUCACGUUCCCUGACAAGUGAGACGGAGAAGCUUAUGCACCUUCUGGAGCUGUUCUCGUGCGAACCGCGCAUCAAAAAGGAGGUAAACAUUCUAGAAUACUGGAAAAGAGAAGAGUUGAAAAAGCCACAACUCUUUCAGUUAGCUCGAGUCGCGCUGGCUGUUCCUGCAACGCAAGUAAGCGUCGAAAGAGCUUUCUCUGGACUGAGAUACAUCCUGUCUCCACAAAGAGGAUCUCUUUCCCCGGACACACUAGAUGAUAUCAUGCUUUUGCGGUCACUGAGAGUGUAA